CUCACAUAUCUUUCCCGGCAUUUAUACGAGCUGCAUCUACACUUGGUAGGAGCCUUCGCCUCGUGGAAUGAGUUAUCCAUGGGCCCAGACCCCUCGGGCGACUGAAAAGCCACCACUCUUGGUGGCGACGGCUUCCCCACCUUUGCAUUUAUCAAAGGAUAUUAAUCCUACGUGCUUGCUGACAAUUGAAAACCCGAUUGGAGCAAAGUAGUGGAAUCUUCGUGGAUACAUAUAUACAUAAGUUGAUCUUUCUUCUUUUCCGUGGACUAUACCACAGGAUAAAAUAAAGUGUGAUCACCCCUCAAUCGCUAUUCAGUAUCAAGCUCAACAUGGAUCUCAUGAUAUGUUCGAUGUGCGGUGCCCAACACGACACACGAUCAGCCAAGUCGUGCAAGGUAUGCGAUGAUCCGCGACAAUAUAUCCCUCCAGAAGGGCAAUCAUGGACAACACUCCGCGAGCUGCAACAGUCCAAAAAAUAUCACAACCAGUUCCGCAUGAACAAAAAUCACUCCGGCCUCAUCAGCAUCUACACCGUGCCGCAGGUAGCCAUUGGCCAGCGUGCCAUUCUCUGCUGCACAUCCGCCGGCAACGUGCUCUGGGAUUGCGUCACAUACAUCGACGAUGAGACCGUCCGCCGCAUCAACGAUCUUGGCGGCAUCAGAGCAAUCGUCAUCUCGCAUCCCCACUUCUACUCUACCUCCGUCCAUUGGGCGGAGGCAUUUGACUGCCCCGUCUACAUAUCCGCUGAGGACCAAGAGUGGCUGAUGCGACGGGCUCCGGUAACGAAAACAAUCUCUGCUGCGCAAAGCAAAGACGGCCCGAAGAGGUUUACUGGGAUCGGUUUGUGGGAAGGCAAAGAGCUGAAUCUUCUAGGUGGACAGGUGGUGGCUGUAAAAGUAGGCGGUCAUUUCCCUGGAAGCUCUGUGCUGUUGUGGAAGGAGACGAAGAAGCUGCUUGUGGCGGAUAGUGUCAUGGUGGUACCCAGCGGAGUGUACCAUGUUGACCGACUCCCGGGCACCACGUCUUUCACAUUCAUGUGGUCGUAUCCGAAUUUUGUGAGUUUUCCAUUUCUAUAUGUGUUUUGUUUAUAUUCCCUGAAAUUUUCCCUUACCAGCUGUGGGAGCGGAAUCCUGCUUCAUUUUGUUCCCCCCCCUUCUCUGCACGAUCAUGGCAUGCACAGACAAUCUACAAUCACGCUCUCAGCCCCUGAUGAUGGAACUGGGGACUUUAUUCUAAUUCUUGUUCCUUUUGUCCCCGCCUGCGAACAGAUCCCACUUCCUCCAGACGACGUAUAUGGGAUCUGGAAAGCGAUCGCAGACCUCGACUUCGACGACACGCAUGGAGCCUUUUGGGAACGCGAUACGAUCGGUCAGAGCAAAAAACGGCUUCUGGAAAGUGCCCAGAUCUACGUAAAGUCCGCGGGAUACGCAGAUCAUGCGAUUCAUCAGGUGAAGGUCGAGGGGUAG